AUCUAUCCGUUCAUCAGUCUCACACAAAUUAUAGUCAACGACACAUUCGAUAUUUAAGAAACACACACACACAACCUGUUAAGUAAUCAAGUGAUUUUCGUGUAAAAAAAGUUGUAACAUAAAAAAUACUGCAGUGAAAAUGUCAGCCUUAUCACCCUAUUGGGACGGAUUCAAUCAACAUAGAGACGAUAGCCUUGCUCAAAUUGACAAAGAUGGCUUUAGCGUUCGCAUUGCGGUUCACAAAUUCAAGCCAGAAGAAAUCUCAGUGAAAACUGUCGACGAUAUGAUUUAUAUAAACGCCAAACAUGAAGAAAAACAAGGCGAAGGUCAUUACAUUAAGCGAGAAGUGUCACGACAAUUUAAUCUACCACGUGGUUUCAAGCCCGAAGAUGUUGUAUCAAGCCUAUCCACAGAUGGUUUCCUUUCAGUCCGAUGUGCAAGACCUCUUCCAGCAAUAGAAAAUGCGAACACUGGUUAUCAAGUUCCAAUCCACCAAAGUGGCCAACCAAAUCAAUGGCUUUGAUUGAAACUACCAUUUUUAUAAAUUAAGAUUUAAGACGAUUUUGUUGUACAAUUUAAUAAAAUAAAUAAACAAAAUAUUUAAUUAAAAAAACGA